CAUGGCUUUAGAUAGAGCGUUUUCAGGACAGGCGCCAUCUUGGACCGAAAACGAGGCUACUCGCUUCCUUUUGCACCGCCCGCUUCAACCGUCCCCAGAUUCUUCCCCGCCGGAGGCAAAGAGUGGAGUUUAGACGAGGGAGAAGCCGAGAAGUGGAGGGGCUGGAGAUAAAAAGGGCUUGCAUUCGUCCCAUGAUGGCUGCUGCACCCACUCUUACCUGCAGCGAUGACACAGACAGCCUCCCUUGCGCUGCACCCCUGCCCCUUCCACCCCCGACUCCCCAGGGCUUGGUCCCCGAGUCUGAGAUGGUGCUCACCCCCGAGAGAGCCUGUGUGACGAGGCCGGGGGGCGGGAUCCUUCGGCGACCCCAGCAGGGGAAAGCACGUCGUAGACAGGUUCGUUUUAGGCUGGGAUCCAAAUCCGAUGACAUUGGCCCGAUCCCCUCAGAUCCCCCGCAGCCUGGAACGGAGGUUGCCGUUCCUGCGAGGCGGGGAUCCCGGUCGGACGAUGUCCGGACGGUCAGCCUCAACCCCCCCAAGCCCAGAGUGGAGGUGGUCCACAGCAGUGCAGGAGAAUCUCCCAUCACCAUCACGCUGGCAAGAGAGCCCUCCCUGAGUCCGGCAGGGGGAGAGAAGGAGGAGGAAGGAGAAGAGGGAUCGUGUCCACCCCAAAACCUGCUGGCCGGCCCCGUUCUCCACAGCACUCUUGCCCUGGUGGCAGAAGUGCACGCUGUGCGGGAGCAGGGCUUUAAUGCCCGGCAGGCGGCUGAACAACUGGUGCAGCGCUCUUUCGUCGCUCGCUGCGCUGUGGAAGCCCGGGCUGGCGAGGGUAUGAACAUCCGUCGGGAGCAACAACUCUAUCAAGGCCUCGUCAGCCUGGAAGUGCCAGAAGUUGAAUUGCUCAGCUCAGCCGUGCAGGAGAAACUCGCCCUCGUCCGGACCCGACCUGAACCCAGGAAGGAGCUGGACUGCACAGGCCCCGACCUCCUGGCCUUCUACGACCCGGAGCAGCUGUUCACAGAGAGCCCCUUCCUGGAGGUGGAGGGUCUGCCCCCCCUGAAGCUGCAACCUCGAACUCGGGACCCAGCCACCACAUUCUUCAUGUACCGGAAGCUGCGCCAGUGGGACAGUUAAAGGGCCUUAGGGGAUGCUGGUCUGUCUGUCCCCCAAAACUGGACUCAAGACUGCUGUGUGGCGCAGGACUAUUUAUUCAAACAGGACUCCCUUUUGCACCAGAGUUCGCUUUUCAUACAUAAAGCUUAAUUGGAAGCACAA